AUGAAUUCCGAGCUUUUCAAGGAUGGUUUAGUUAAGGAAUUGUACCAAGCCAUCAGUGGUAUGGGUUUUUUCAAAGCUCCAGGUCCUGACGGCUUCACCCCCCCUUUUUUCGAGUCCAAUUGGGAGAUGGUCAAGGAUGAUCUUCUUACGGGCUUCAACUAUUUUCUUCAUGGGGAUCAGAUGCUCAGGUGUCUUAAUGCCACCAACUUGGUUCUGAUUCCUAAGAGUGCCUUCGUUCCAAACAGACUAAUUCACGAAAACAUUGUUAUUGCUCAUGACCUCAUGCAUGUUAUUAAGUCUAGAAAGAAGAGUACUUCUCCAGGUUUAUUGGCAAUCAAGCUUGACAUGGCAAAAGCAUAUGACAGAGUGGAUUUAAUUAUGAACUGCGUUCAAACAGUGCCUUUCUCGAUGGUUAUUAAUGGGGAUUGUGGGGCUCGGUUUGCUCCUUUUUGGGGCCUCCGUCAGGGUGAUCCUAUAUCACCUUAUUUGUUUCUUUUCUGUACUGAAGGCCUCACAACUCUCAUCCACGAUGCUAUACGUCAGAAAAAGCUUACUGAUUUUAAAAUGGGUAGGGGUUGCUUGCCCAUCUCUUAG